CGCGAGGGCGGCCAAGUUUGGCUCCGGCGCGCGCGGCUUCGCGUCCUGCGUCUGGGGGACGCGGAAGGAGGGGGACUGUCCCCUCCCGAGCGGGGCUCGGACCCCGGCCCUCAGAGCCGCCGCCGACCUCCGGGGGCGACGACCCCCUCUCCUGGCCCCCGUGCGUGCGGGGCGCACCGGAGCCGGGCCACGAGCCGCGCCAUGCUGGAGGGCGACAUCGGCCUCGAGGGGCUGUCCCCCAAGGAAGCUCCGGCAGCUGAGGCCGCCGGCGCCGUGGAUGGGGAGGGCGCGCCGCCCGGCGGUGCGGGCGCACAGGCGGCCGCGAUGAGGGUCAACGAGAAGUACUCAACACUCCCGGCCGAGGACCGCAGCGUCCACAUCAUCAACAUCUGCGCCAUCGAGGACAUCGGCUACCUGCCGUCCGAGGGCACGCUGCUGAACUCCUUGUCUGUGGACCCCGACGCCGAGUGCAAGCACGGCCUGUACUUCAGGGACGGCCGGCGCAAGGUGGACUACAUCCUGGUGUACCAUCACAAGAGGGCCUCGGGCAGCAGGACGCCCGCCCGGAGGGCACAGCACGGCGACGCCGGCCCGGCCGUCGGCAGCAGCAGGCAGGACCAGCCCCUGCCGGGGAAGGCGGGCCCCGUGGGGGCGGGCGAGCCCGAGCCCCCACUCGACUACCACGAGGAUGACAAGCGCUUCCGCCGGGAGGAGUACGAGGGCAACCUGGUGGAGGCCGGCCUGGAGCUGGAGCGGGACGAGGACACGAAAAUUCACGGCGUGGGGUUCGUGAAAAUCCACGCGCCCUGGAACGUGCUGUGCAGAGAGGCUGAGUUUUUGAAACUGAAGAUGCCGACAAAGAAGCUGUAUCACAUCAACGAGACGCGGGGCCUCCUGAAAAAGAUCAACUCUGUACUCCAGAAGAUCACGGACCCCAUCCAGCCCAAGGUGGCGGAGCACAGGCCCCAGACCACCAAGAGGCUCUCCUAUCCCUUCUCCCGGGAGAAGCAGCACCUAUUUGACCUGUCGGACAAGGAUUCCUUUUUCGACAGCAAAACCCGGAGCACAAUCGUGUACGAGAUUCUGAAGAGGACGACAUGUACCAAGGCCAAGUACAGCAUGGGGCAAGGAGAGGGAAGAAAGAAGGACUCUGCCCUUUUAAAUAAGAGGCGAAAGUGUGGUAAAUACGGCAUCACGAGCCUGCUGGCCAAUGGCGUUUACUCGGCGGCCUACCCGCUGCACGACGGAGACUACGAAGGGGAGCACGCGGAGCUCAACGACCGGAAGCUCCUGUAUGAAGAGUGGGCGAGUUACGGGGUCUUCUACAAGUACCAGCCCAUCGACCUGGUCAGGAAGUAUUUCGGGGAGAAGAUCGGCCUGUACUUCGCCUGGCUGGGCGUCUACACGCAGAUGCUCAUCCCCGCCUCCGUGGUGGGAAUCAUCGUCUUCCUGUACGGAUGGGCCACCGUGGACGGCAACAUCCCCAGCAUGGAGAUGUGUGACCAGAGACACAACAUCACCAUGUGCCCGCUGUGCGACAAGACCUGCAGCUACUGGCGGAUGAGCUCUGCCUGCGCCACGGCCCGCGCCAGCCACCUCUUUGACAACCCGGCCACCGUCUUCUUCUCCAUCUUCAUGGCCCUCUGGGCCGCCACCUUCAUGGAGCACUGGAAGCGGAAACAGAUGCGGCUCAAUUACCGCUGGGACCUCACUGGCUUUGAGGAGGAGGAGGAGGCUGUCAAGGACCAUCCCAGAGCCGAGUAUGAAGCCAGAGUUUUGGAAAAGUCUCUUAGGAAAGAAUCCAAAAACAAAGAGAAGCGCCGGCACCUUCCGGAGGAACCAACAAACAAAUGGAGGCAGAGGGUUAAGACAGCCAUGGCGGGGGUGAAAUUGACGGACAAGGUGAAGCUGACCUGGAGGGACCGGUUCCCAGCCUACUUCACCAACCUUGUCUCCAUCAUCUUCAUGAUUGCCGUGACCUUCGCCAUCGUCCUGGGCGUCAUCGUCUACAGGAUCUCCACGGCCGCCGCCUUAGCCGUGAACUCCUCCCCCUCCGUGAGGUCCAACGUCCGGGUCACGGUCACGGCCACGGCGGUCAUCAUCAACCUGGUGGUGAUCAUCCUCCUGGACGAGGUCUACGGCUGCAUCGCCAGGUGGCUCACCAAGAUCGAGGUUCCAAAGACGGAGAAGAGCUUCGAGGAGCGGCUGAUCUUCAAGGCUUUCCUGCUGAAGUUCGUGAAUUCCUACACCCCCAUCUUCUACGUGGCUUUCUUCAAAGGCCGGUUUGUCGGACGCCCGGGCGACUACGUGUACAUCUUCCGUUCUUUCCGGAUGGAAGAGUGCGCCCCCGGGGGCUGCCUCAUGGAGCUCUGCGUCCAGCUCAGCAUCAUCAUGCUGGGCAAGCAGCUGAUCCAGAACAACCUGUUUGAGAUCGGCAUCCCGAAGAUGAAGAAAUUCAUCCGCUACCUGAGACUGAAGCACCGGAGCCCCUCGGACCCCGACGAGCACGUGAAGAAGAGGCAGCGUUAUGAGGUGGAUUACACACUGGAGCCCUUCGCAGGCCUCACCCCGGAGUACAUGGAGAUGAUCAUCCAGUUCGGCUUUGUCACCCUCUUCGUCGCCUCCUUCCCGCUGGCCCCGCUGUUUGCGCUGCUGAACAACAUCAUUGAGAUCCGCCUGGACGCCAAAAAGUUCGUCACCGAGCUCCGCAGGCCGGUGGCUGUCAGAGCCAAGGACAUCGGGAUCUGGUACAACAUCCUCAGAGGCGUUGGGAAGCUUGCCGUCAUUAUCAACGCAUUCGUCAUCUCCUUCACGUCCGACUUCAUCCCCCGCCUGGUGUACCUGUACAUGUACAGCGCGGACGGGACCAUGCACGGCUUCGUCAACCACACGCUCUCCUCCUUCAACGUCAGCGACUUCCAGAAUGGCACGGCCCCCGACGACCCCCUGGACCUGGGCUACGAGGUGCAGAUCUGCAGGUACAAAGACUACCGGGAGCCGCCGUGGUCGGAACACAAGUAUGACAUCUCCAAGGACUUCUGGGCCGUCCUGGCCGCCCGGCUGGCCUUCGUCAUCGUCUUCCAGAACCUGGUCAUGUUCAUGAGCGACUUUGUGGACUGGGUCAUCCCAGACAUCCCCAAAGACAUCAGCCAGCAGGUCCACAAGGAGAAGGUGCUGAUGGUGGAGCUGUUUAUGAGGGAGGAGCAGGGCAAGCAGCAGCUGCUGGACACGUGGAUGGAGAAGGACCGGAGGAAGGCAGAGCCCUGCAACAACCACAGCCCCGGCCCCCCGGCCCGCCCCGGCAGCCCCGACUUUCCCGGGGGCCCCCUGUAGCUGCCAGGCAGCGCCUGGCAACACACACCUUCCCCCAGGCAGGCGGUUUCUACCCCCCCCCCCCCGGCUGGUGGCUCCUGUGUUUGUCUCCAGCCUGGGAGACCGCCUUCUGAUAGGACAUUUCUCCCCCUUUUUCUGUUGGUUUUUUUUUUUCUCUCUUGUCUUUGCACAAAACCAUUACGCAGGGAAUUCUGUUAUCGUUGGUAUUCAAGGCUAAUCAAAAUCAUCGCUGGGGACAGGGUGACACGCAGCUGACGCAGGCGCUAUGCUUGAAGCCCGGGGUCUCCUUGGCACUCGGAGGCGAGCAGCAGGCCCCCAGAAGUCACCUUCCUUCAUCCUCCUGAGGCCUUAAGAUGCGAGGUGGCGCCCAAGGCGUUGGGCAAAGGCCCGUGUGACAUUUGGGGGUGAACAGAAAAACAGACGAGGCAUAAAUGAUGUGGACACCAGUUCCAAAAGGCGUCACCUGCCUGGAGGUUGGGAAAGUGAGAUUUCCAGCACCUCUUCCUUCCACGGGUUCAGAAACCAAAACAUGGGUCGGAAUGAGGGGUCCCCUGGCUCUGUCCACUCGGAUGGCCCAGGGGCUCUGAAUUUCCUCUCGGAGAACUAGAGGGGUGCAGGUGUCCUGAGUAAGGCGUGACAGGCACCUCUGGGGGCCCCACCGUCAGCCACACCCCCCUACCACCACCGGGGGUCAGGAAAACGGGCAGUAAGAGGUUGUGACCUUGGCGGCAUUUCUGCAGGCGGCUUCAGGGUUUCAAGAAGUCUUCAGACUUCCGGGGGUCCUUUUGCAGCUUCAGAAUAUUUAUUGGUUUUUUUAAAAAUCAAUUCUACAGUGGAUUUAAGGGGUUUUUUCCUGUAGCUCAAAGGUGGAAGGCAUUUAUUUUAUUAGCUAGCCAAAUAUCAUUGAGAGGAAUUUAAAAUACUGUUCCUACCAAAGAUUUUUAUUAAUAAAGGCUUCUAUUUUGGUAACACUGCUCUAUAUUUUUACUUACAGGACUGUUACUAUUGGACAAUUAUCAUUUUAAAAGCUUGUAAGAAAAUCACAUCUCCUAGAUGAUAGGAAUGAUAGAAAUUUGUAGCCGUUAUCCUAAUCAGGUAUCCGAGGUUUCUCACGCACCCAGAGAAACGUACAAGAAAUAUUUCACCGAAGAGAAGGGCAAAAACAGGGUUUGUCUUGAACAUGCUGUCAGUGAGGCGCUGACCUUCCCGUAAGCAGCCAGCUAGGAGGAAGUCUGUGGGUGUCGUUGCAGAUUUUCAUUAUUUGCUCAAAUCAUGCCGUCCAAUGCUUCUCCUUUCUCUUGUACAGUAAGUAGUUUGAAACGGGGGUUUUGUAUAUAAAUAUUGUAUUAAAAAUUAGGUGACUACCAAAAAUCCUUUUAUGGAAACCAUUUUUUUUAAAAAGUGAAUGUACACAGACCCACGGAGACCCGUGGUGGACCAUUCCUCUGAAUAAAUUUGGAUACAUAACA